GCAAAGUAUUUUGACCCGACACUUCUCUGCGUAAAUCAACAGUUAUUCCUUUCAUUCUUACGAUAUUAGGUGUCACAUACUACUGUCAUGAGGCAAAGCUGUGCUUUUACUGCAUGAUGGUAUAGCAAAAUCCUACUUUUUGUGUCACCAUGGCGUCCGAUGUCGCUGUCAUGGAGUCGGCGACCGGUGAGGUUACAAAAGAUAAUUCAAAAACAACGAGUAGCAAGCAAGCUGAUAAACUCCAAGAAGACCCUCGAACAAACGAUGACAAUGCAAAAGAUAUCUCACCAAAAGGUUCAGGGCAAAUCAAGGAAUCGACAGCAGAAUCAUCUAAAAGCACGGCCCCACAAGAAGAAAAAAAGCUAAGUGUUAUGGAAGCUCAUGGAUACCUUCUUGGAACUGUUCUGGGAACUGGAUCUUAUGCCACAGUUAAAAUGGCGUUUUCUUCGCGUCACAAGUGCAAAGUGGCAGUGAAGAUUAUUUCAAAAAAGAAAUCUCCAGCCAGCUACGUGAAUAAGUUUUUACCGAGAGAAAUUGACGCAGUCCGAAUUUUAAAACACCCGAACAUUAUUUGCUUCCUUCAAUCGAUCGAAACUACCAAUCGCGUGUACCUUAUUAUGGAGGUGGCGAGCGGAGGGGAUGUCUUAAAAUCAAUUCGAGCAUCAAAACACAUAGAAGAGUCCAACGCCGGCAUGUGGUUUGGACAAUGCACUGGGGCUAUCCAAUACUGUCAUCUUAAGGGGGUCGUGCACAGGGACUUGAAAUGUGAAAACCUUCUUCUAGACAGUGCGAAUAACAUUAAAAUAACGGACUUUGGGUUUGCACGCGUUUACGAUCGCUCACAGCCGAUGGACCCGAGUAAUACCUUCUGUGGUAGCUAUCCGUACGCACCCCCGGAGAUUCUGCGGGGAAUACCAUACCAUCCCCCGUCAGCGGACAUCUGGAGCAUGGGCGUCAUUCUAUUCACCAUGGUCUUUGGACGACUCCCGUUCGACGACCACAACCAUCGGACGCUUGUCAAGCAGGUGAUGGCCGGGCCGCAGUUCCCAGUACGGCACUCAUACCAGCUGCAAGUAUCAGAUGCGUGUCGUGAGCUCAUCAUCAAGAUCUUGAAGCCGAUGCCGAACCGCGCCUCAUUCGAGACCAUUGAGAAGGAUGGUUGGUUCGUUAAGUAUUGCGCUAGCUCCAUGCACAUGAAGUCAUCCAAGGACAAUGCUUCUUUGAUGGAGGUGUUAAAAGAGGAGGAGAGCACAGAGUCUCAAGACGUGUUUGCCGAGUUUUAGCUAGAUAGUGGACAGGAACUGUCUAGAGAAGCUUGCAAUGACUGUAUUACUUCAGCAAUGUCAAUUGUUUACGUUCAACUGGAGUUUGCACAUCAAAGGGCUUGUUUUGUGCACACAAUACAUUGAAUUAAACGUC